AUGACCACCAGCAUCAACCACCACCAUCAAUCACCAUCGCCAGCGCCACCAUUAACGGACACAGACAUAAUUCAAUUAGCUCAACUAUACCACCCUCAGCCACAGUCCUCCACUCCGCUACCUCUACCUCCCUUUCUCCUCUCCAACAACUCUCACAAUACCCUCAUAUCCUAUCUCCACUCACGCGCCUCCACUUCUCUAAACCCCUCACUCGCCGUAUCCGAAUACAUCUCAGCUCUCCUUUCCCUUACCCAUCUCCACACUUCGCUUUCCCCACUCGUAACUCUUCUUCUUUCCAACUACAUUACCCUUUUUACCUCAAAUAUAAUUCCCCAUGAUAAAACCUCCCUAUCGGUUUUCCAACUCUUUGAGACUUAUCUUCAGACAAUUCAAGUUCAAGAAUUAAUGGAAAUGGUUGAGUUGGUUGUGUCUUAUUUACCUCACAUUAUUGAUUCUGAGGAUACCCAUGUGCUAGCUAUAUUUGCUAAAUGUAUUGAACAUAUCAGGUUUUCAAAUGAGAUGGGUGUUAAGAGUUUGGAGUAUGUAGAUAAGGUGUUUGAUAAAAUGCUUAGCCGUGAUUGGAGUAAAGUUUUGUUGUUAAAAUUGGUGGAAAUUGUUAAGGAUUUGAAUUUUAUUGGGAAGGGGAAAAGGAAGGAGUUUUUAGAGAAGGUGUUUAGUGGAAUGAGGAAUAAUGUGGAUUUGCAGGAUUUGCCUGGAUUGGUUUAUCAAUUGUUGGUAUUGGGAUCAAAGGGUUUCGGUAAGAAGGAAGUUAUCGAAGGGAUCGUGAUGUAUUUUGGUGAAGUGAAAUCAGGUGGUUCGAUAAUGAGACAAGUUGAAGGAACUGUAUUGCUUCAUGUGAAUUUUGCUGUGAAGCAAGAUCCUUCUUUGGGACAAGAGGUGUUAGGACUAGUGAGAUCCGAUUAUCGGGUGUUUAAUCAUUUUACAGUUGCGAUAUUGUUGUCAGUUGCUAGAGUGAAGAGGCUCACUGAGAGCUCUAUUGGGGUUCUGAAAACAUCAUUGUUUGCUGCUUAUAAAGAUUUCAAAUUUUCCAGGAGCUGUAAAUGGCUAACAUGUGACUUGAAAGAACACUAUUUCCAUACUGUCAGAGACAUGGAGAAGGCUGUGCUAAGAGCUGUUAGUGAGAGCAACUGCGGAAGAGAACAUGUGGUGCCAAGUAUCGUGCAACUUGGAUUUGUGUUGCUUGAAGGAAUUGAAGAAGGAAGUAAAAGUUUUGAAAAGUCUGAUGAUGUGAUGGGUCCUGACAAGCUAGGUACUCAGGUUCUCAAGAGUUUAUUUGAGGUUCAUGAUAUGGCAAGAAACGAGAUAAUAGAACAAUGCAAAUUACGUAUCCUCUCUUCGAAGCCUGAACAAGGCUUUUCUGUAAUAAGACUGCUUGGUUGUCUUAUCUGUAAUUAUCCAUACCCGAUGUUGGAGCACAUUUCACAUCUGAAGGAACUGUUGGAUUAUUUCACAUUCAUGAAUGACAAGGUCUCCUCUCAUCUUGUUGCUGCCCUUUUACCUCUAAUCAGAUUAAGCCGUGAUCUGCAGGAUUAUACCAUCUUGGUCUUGCGUAAGGCAUUGUUUAGACGAGAAGACUCUAUCCGUCUUGCUGCGACAAGCUCAAUUGUCAAUUUGAUAUUGGCAGAAAAACAAUCAACGAAAGAUGGGCCAUUUUCUUGUCAAGACUCAAGCAGUCAAGCUAGUAGCAGCCAGCAAGCCGAAGUUUUCCGUGCACUUGGUUCCAGUCUUUUCCAGGAGCUAAAUGGUUUGUUGCAGAGGUGCCUUUAUCAGCAGGCAAAGGUCAGAGAGAUUCUAUAUCAUGGACUUCUCAAGCUUGUUUUGGUAGAUCCUUUAACUUCUGGAGCUGUUUUUGAUUUUCUCUUCCCUCAUUUCUUGCGGUUUUACAGAGAGGAUGCAGAUUUUUUACUGGACGUUAACCAAUGUACUAAAUCCGAGAGUGGGAAAGUAUAUAUUCAAGAGCCACUAGACUGCCUUCUCUCCUGUAUCUCCUGGAUUCUUCUUCUUCAGCCACAUGGGAAAACCGACCAUCCUUCAGAUUCUUGGACUUGCUUUGGCUUCUCUCUGACACAAGAGAAUGAGCAGGCUGGAAAAGCAUGGUCCAAAGAGUCACUAUCGAAUGCAAUAUCAAAGAUUCGAAACUUUCUAAGAAAUGCAGAUAUGGAAGGCUUACUUGACAAAACUCAGGAUACAGGUUCUACUCCCUUAGAAGAGGAAAAACGGAGAUGCUGUUCUUCAAUUUUAUUAGGAAUCAUUGAGGUGAUGUUGAAUAUAGUUGGGACAGAGUUUGGAAAAACAACUGAUGCAAAAAAGUUGGAGAUGGAAAAAGAGCUGUUUGACUUUAUUGGUAUUUUUGAAUAUUUGGACAAAAAUAUAUGUAGGCAGGGUGGUGGUUCAACUCAGAGAGGUUUUAUGCGGUCUACUGCAAGCAAUGCUUCAGAGGAGCUGGAAUUUAGUGGCAGUAAAUUAUGUCAGGAACGAAUUCCUCUGUUAGCAACUUCAGUUAUCUAUCAGCUAUUGCAAAGUACUGUAGAAUCUUGGAGAUAUGAUGGCUUUAACAACAAUGUGCCCUCUCAAAAACAGAGCCAAUUAUCAUCUGGAAAGGCAUCAACUCAGUAUUAUAAAAUUCUUUCGUUUACUCUUAACAUUUGCCUUCGUCAGCUGAAAGCAUCCUCUGUUGUGCGACAGCAAGAUCCUCUAAAAAUGUUGAUCUAUGGGGAGAUCAAGCAGUUGGGCUCCCCUUUGCUGAAAAUUAUUUGGUGCCUUCUCUCUGAACCAAAAUCUUUGACAGAUAGCAGGAAAAAAGAUGGUAAUAUGAAGAAAGAUCUUGAUGACAGGAAGGAAUAUAUCCAUUUGGGACUUCUUUCCUUGAAAGAAUUGCUGGCAGUAAUCUUGCAUGAGUUGGAUUAUUCUGUUCUGAUAGAUGACCUGGCUGCAGUUUCUGGUCCUGGGGAUGAAGCGGACAAUGCUAUGGAUGGUGAUAUUGAAGCUGAAAAAGCUGAUGACAUUCUCUACAAAUAUACAAGUGAAGAAUUAUUCAUCAAAAACAGUAUAAGGCCACUGAUUACUAUGCUUCUUGCACAGUCUUUCUUCCGCGAAGUUGAGGUUCUUUGUGAUAUUAUCAUGUUAAUUAGCAAUAAAUUGCCAGAAGAGCAAAGGAAUCUUGUUGGUAAUUGGGCUAAAUGCAUCUGCAAGACCAGUAAAGUAUCAAAUCCCAAGGCUGCUAAAAGUAUUGUAUCUAUUGCUAUAUUGUUAACUUCACCACCAAAUGACUUAAUUAUUGCUGAAGACAUGGCUGCCGAGCUUUUAAAAGUGGUGGGAUCAGAAGCAGAGAGGCUUGAUUCACAAGUGACAUUGGAUGCGUAUUCAAUUAUAAACAAAUCAACCAGUGCCCCACUAGCUUCACUAAUACUACACUUAGUUGAAUCAGUUAUUCUUGACAUUGAAUGGGUCAUAAUGAAAUUGAAGAUAUACUCAGUUGCAAAUACAAGAGCUAUUUUGGUUAAUCAGAAUGGUGUAAAGGAUAGAAGAUUGGCGCUGGAAGAGAUUGUUUAUUCAAGAGCAGAAGCUGCUGUGAAGGUGUUAUCUUCUUUUGUAAUGAUGGACCUUAAGGAUCCUCAGGCAGAGCAAUUGGUGAAGUUAGCUGCAAGGUUUUACAAGAACUUAGCCCGAAUGUCAAAGCUUCUAAUUGCUUCCAAAGGUGUAAAACAACCUUUACCAAGCCUCAAGUACCAAAAGCUUGUGGAAAUAACUUCCAGGCAGCUUACAGCUCCUCUCUACAAUUUUGUGCCACUUAUGCAAAGGACACAACUAGAGAUCACAAAAUCUAAAGCACUUGUCAACAAAAUCAAAAGGGAGAACAGAUGCAUCCCAGACUUGAUUUACCAAAUAGAAGAUUAUGAGAAAUACCUCAUACAAAUCAGCAAGGCGACGAAAAUAAACUUACUGAGGCAUGCAAAACGAAGCACCUCCAGGGACUUCAAGAUAAUAGAGCCAAAAAGUUUUUCCGUAGAAGACAAUGUUGGAAUCCAAGAUGGAGAUAAUAAUGAUGCAGCAGGACGUGAGAGUGAAUCAACAGAAGACCUCCUCCACGAGGAAGAAGGAAAUGGAGCAUUAGAUGAAUCAGUGGCUGAUGCGGAUGAUGAAGGAAAUGGAGCAGAAGACGAAUCAGCAGCUGGUGCUGAUGAUGAUGAUGAAGGAAAUGAAGUGGAAGAGGCAUACAAUAGUCCACCCGUAGUAGAGGCUUCGGAGUCUGAGGGUGAUGCUGAAGCUCCUAAGGCAAAGAGAGCAAAAAUGAGGAGAGUUGUUGAGGACUCAGACGAAGAAGCAUAGUAAAAGACAACAUUGUCAAAUUGUAAAGCUGUGAGCACUGGUCUGGCAACUAGGAUUCAUGUAAAUAUGAAGAAAAAGUUUGAAGUUUCUUUUUGUAGUUUCCAACUCCAUCUAAAUUUCUCUCUCUUUUUUUUUUUUGGUAGCAGUCGUUUGGAAAUUUCUUUGUAGUUUUGGUGAAGAAAAAUGUAUUUUAUUGUGUAUA